GGCACUUCACCUCGGCGGAGGAUUUGAACUUGCUGAUCGCCAAGAAUACGCGACUGGAGAUCUAUGUGGUGACAGCGGAGGGGCUGCGGCCCGUCAAGGAGGUGGGGAUGUACGGCAAGACCGCCGUCAUGGAGCUUUUCCGCCCCAAGGGAGAGAGCAAGGAUUUGUUGUUCAUCCUGACGGCCAAGUAUAACGCCUGCAUCCUCGAGUACAAGCAGAACGGGGACAGCAUCGAUAUUAUAACCCGUGCCCAUGGUAACGUGCAGGAUCGCAUCGGUCGUCCCUCAGAGACUGGCAUAAUUGGCAUCAUUGACCCAGAAUGCCGGAUGAUUGGCCUGCGGCUCUAUGAUGGCCUCUUCAAGGUCAUUCCCCUGGACCGGGAGAACAAGGAGUUAAAGGCUUUUAACAUCCGCCUGGAAGAGCUCCAAGUCAUCGAUGUGAAGUUUCUCUAUGGCUGUCAGGCUCCGACCAUCUGCUUCGUCUACCAGGACCCUCAGGGUCGCCACGUCAAGACGUACGAGGUGUCCCUGCGCGAGAAGGAGUUUAACAAAGGUCCUUGGAAACAGGAGAACGUAGAGGCUGAAGCCUCCAUGGUCAUCGCAGUGCCAGAGCCUUUUGGAGGCGCGAUCAUCAUUGGGCAGGAGUCUAUCACCUAUCACAACGGAGAUAAAUACCUAGCUAUAGCUCCACCUAUCAUCAAGCAAAGUACGAUCGUGUGCCACAACCGUGUGGAUCCCAAUGGGUCCCGUUACUUGCUGGGGGACAUGGAAGGACGCCUCUUCAUGCUGCUUCUGGAGAAGGAGGAACAGAUGGACGGCACUGUCACCUUGAAGGACCUGCGCGUGGAACUGCUCGGCGAGACGUCCAUUGCAGAGUGCUUGACCUACCUGGACAAUGGAGUUGUGUUUGUCGGUUCUCGGCUUGGGGAUUCCCAGCUUGUGAAGCUCAACGUGGACAGCAACGAGCAGGGCUCCUACGUAGUGGCUAUGGAGACCUUCACCAACCUCGGUCCCAUCGUCGACAUGUGUGUGGUAGACCUGGAAAGACAAGGCCAAGGGCAGCUGGUCACAUGCUCGGGUGCGUUUAAAGAGGGUUCGCUGCGGAUCAUCCGGAACGGCAUUGGGAUUCAUGAGCACGCCAGCAUUGACUUGCCAGGGAUUAAAGGCUUGUGGCCCCUGAGGUCAGACUCUCAUCGUGAAACGGACAACACGUUGGUGCUGUCCUUUGUUGGACAGACCAGGGUUCUUAUGUUAAAUGGAGAGGAAGUAGAAGAGACGGAGCUCACAGGGUUUGUGGAUGAUCAGCAGACCUUCUUCUGUGGCAAUGUGGCACAUCAGCAACUGAUCCAGAUCACCUCUGCCUCUGUGAGACUGGUUAGUCAGGAGCCCAAAGCCCUGGUGAGUGAGUGGAAAGAGCCUAAUGGAAAGAACAUCAGCGUGGCUUCCUGUAACAGCAACCAGGUAGUGGUGGCUGUGGGACGAGCCCUGUACUACCUGGAGAUCCGACCCCAGGAGCUCAGGCAGAUCAGCUGCACAGAAAUGGAGCAUGAAGUUGCCUGCCUGGACAUCACCCCUUUGGGGGACACUAACGGCAUGUCCCCACUGUGUGCAAUCGGGCUCUGGACUGACAUCUCUGCCCGCAUCCUAAAGCUGCCUUCGUUUGAACUGCUGCACAAAGAGAUGCUGGGAGGAGAAAUUAUCCCUCGCUCCAUCCUCAUGACGACCUUCGAGAGCAGCCAUUACCUUCUGUGUGCCCUCGGGGACGGAGCUCUCUUCUACUUCGGGCUCAGCCUUGAGACAGGCUUGCUGAGUGACCGGAAGAAGGUGACCCUUGGGACCCAGCCCACCGUCCUGAGGACUUUCCGCUCUCUGUCCACCACCAACGUGUUUGCCUGCUCUGACCGCCCCACUGUCAUCUACAGCAGUAACCACAAGCUGGUCUUCUCCAAUGUCAACCUGAAGGAGGUGAACUACAUGUGUCCCCUCAAUUCGGAUGGGUAUCCCGACAGCUUGGCGUUGGCCAAUAACAGCACCCUGACAAUCGGCACCAUUGAUGAGAUCCAAAAGCUGCACAUCCGCACGGUUCCCCUCUACGAAUCGCCCAGGAAAAUCUGCUACCAAGAGGUAUCGCAGUGUUUCGGCGUGCUUUCAAGUCGUAUCGAGGUGCAGGAUGCCAGUGGGGGCACCACUGCACUCAGACCCAGCGCCAGCACCCAGGCCCUGUCCAGCAGCGUGAGCACCAGCAAGCUGUUCUCCAGCAGCACGGCACCGCAUGAGACGUCCUUUGGAGAGGAGGUGGAGGUGCACAACCUGCUCAUCAUAGAUCAGCACACCUUCGAAGUGCUUCAUGCUCACCAGUUUCUGCAAAAUGAGUACGCCCUCAGCCUGGUCUCCUGCAAGCUUGGCAAGGAUCCAAACACCUAUUUCAUCGUGGGCACCGCCAUGGUAUAUCCCGAGGAGGCAGAGCCCAAACAGGGCCGCAUUGUUGUCUUCCACUACUCUGACGGGAAGCUGCAGAGCCUGGCUGAGAAGGAGGUCAAAGGGGCUGUGUAUUCCAUGGUGGAGUUCAACGGGAAGCUGUUAGCCAGCAUCAACAGCACGGUGCGCCUGUAUGAGUGGACAGCGGAGAAGGAGCUGCGCACAGAGUGCAACCAUUACAACAACAUCAUGGCGCUCUACCUGAAGACCAAGGGAGACUUCAUCCUUGUGGGAGAUCUGAUGCGGUCUGUCCUCCUCCUUGCAUACAAGCCCAUGGAAGGAAACUUCGAGGAGAUUGCCCGGGACUUCAAUCCAAACUGGAUGAGUGCCGUGGAGAUCCUGGACGAUGACAACUUCUUGGGAGCAGAGAACGCUUUCAAUUUGUUUGUGUGCCAGAAGGACAGUGCGGCCACGACCGAUGAGGAGCGCCAACACUUGCAGGAGGUGGGGCUGUCCCACCUGGGAGAGUUCGUUAAUGUCUUCUGUCAUGGGUCUCUGGUCAUGCAGAACCUGGGCGAGACGUCCACGCCAACACAGGGCUCGGUUCUCUUUGGCACAGUCAACGGCAUGAUCG